AUGAUUCCCCUCAUCUGGACGAUAUUGGUGCUUCAUGUUGCCAUUUUCCUGGUGAACACCAUUGGCGCGACAACCAUUGACAACCUGAUAUGGAAUAUCUACCUGAAACUCCCAACGUCGUUGCACCAAACCGCCCAGGAACAAAGCAAACUGAAGCGCGAGGUAGUCCAGCUCAAGCGGGAGAUGAACAAUACCAGCUCGCAGGAUGAAUUCGCAAAGUGGGCUAAACUGCGGCGCCGACACGACAAGGCGCUGAGCGAUUACGAGGCUCUGAACCAGGAACUGUCCUCGAAGAAAUCCUCGUUCGACUGGUUUAUCAAGACUGCGCGGUGGCUCAGCACGACGGGCGUGAAGAUCUUCAUCCAGUUCCGAUACUCCAAGACCCCUGUUUUUGCUCUCCCGGGCGGCUGGCUUCCUUACCCUGUGGAAUGGUUGUUGUCGUUCCCUCGUGCCCCGCAAGGCUCGGUGAGCGUCCAGGUUUGGAACAGCGUGUGUGCGACGGCAGUUACGGUCAUUGCUGAGAUCAUCACGGGAGCAGUUCUACAGGUCCAGGGGAAAGCGCAGGCGGUCCCUGCUACGGCUAAGAAGCAAUGA